AUGGGUAAGAUCGAGUGCUUCGAGAUCACGUUGAAGAACGACAGGAACGUGUACUUCGCCGGCGAAGAGGUGGUCGGCAAGCUGGUGAUCGCGUUGUCGAUCGCGCAGAAGGUCGAACAGAUCGUUCUGCAGUUCAAGGGUCGGGCGAAGACCAACUGGGCGAAGCACCAGGGCAAGACCAGCACGCACUACAGCGACGAAGAGGUGUACUUCGACAGCAGCGUCGACACCAACUACCCGAACCAGUUUGAAGGCCAGAUGCUGCCGGCGCAGGUGCACGAGAUCCCGAUCUCUUUUCAGCUUCCGGCCGAGAUCCCGUCGUCGUACGAGGGCUCCCACGGCCACAUCCGGUACGAGUGCAAGGCGAUGCUGAGUCGAGCCUGGAAGCUCGACAUUUUGUGCAAAAAGCAGUUCCGGGUCAUCGCCCAGGUGGACUUCAACUCUGUGCCGGGCAUCUCCAGGCCGGUGACCAUUCGCAAGUUCCAGCAGGUGUACUGUUGCUGCUUCAACCGCGGCCACGUCGCCGUCAACAUUUCCAUGGCCAGGCGCGGCUUCGUUCCCGGCGAGGACCUGGAGGCGUCGUGCGAGGUGGUCAACGAGUCAGUGAAGGCCAUCACCGCCGUCUGCCUGCGCUUCGUGCAGAGCGUCGUGUUCCGCGGCAAGACCGUUUUUCUAGGAUACAGCGGCGCCAAGGAGGUGUCGACCGAAGGCGGUCGUGUCGAAAUGAACACCUCCAUCGAACGGGGGACCACCAAAAAGCUCGACCUCACGCUGCAGAUUCCCCCUGUGCCGCCCACGCUCUCCAACUGCAACAUCAUCGAGAUUUCCUACCACGUCAGCUUCAGUGUCGGGUCGUUCAUCGACUGCUCGAUCCCGAUCACAAUUGGCACCGUGAAGUCGAUCGACCCGGCGAUACUCAGCGCCACUGACGCUACCUUCAACGGAGAUGCGGUGGCGGCCGCGCUGAACCAACUGCCCUCGUCUCCCCCGUCAGAAGAUACGUCACACGUGAUCUUGGACCAGGAGUGA